AUGUCAGAUGAUAAAGAUUUACUAGAUUACCUUUUAAUUUAUUCAUUUCUUUUUCUAAAUGAAAAAGUGUCUAAUGGUAAUCAAGUUCCAAAAUUUUCUAUCACAAAUGACAUUUCAGAAGUAUAUAGUUUACCCAGAAAUUAUGAAUGUAUUAAUGAUCAAAAACCUUUAAGAGUAAUAAUUAAUAUAGAUGCUUUGCAAGAAGAUAUAGAAAUAACUGAUGUUAAGAUACAAAAAGAGAUUCUUGAAGAAUUAAUAAUUGCUACUUUAUCAAACUCUA